UGGCACGACUCACAUCCUUCGGGGAGUGUCGGUUUGAUGCCGAUGAUAAUGAGUGUUGGUUAUACAGCAGAUGGAAAUGAUUUUUAUAAAAGGAGAAUAAAAUGCUCGUGUGUUUUGUGAUGAUCUGUUGAUCUUAUCCGUUCUGUAUUUUAGUGAAAAUCGGCGACUUUUUUGUAUAUGUACACCAUGCGCUUCACUACAAGUCUUCACCUAUUAGGCGCGGCGCUUUUGGCAUCUAUUGCAAGUGCACAAAUUGCUCCUGCACCUGAUGGUUGGCCAAACUUCUGGUAUAAGGGACAUGUUACCAACAAAGCUACCUUUGAGUACAACCCAACAAACGAGUUCAUCUUCCCUAGUAUCUUUCAUGCCGGGGAAUAUCUAGACGACCCUCUGGGAGAAUGGUAUCUCUACUACGCACCACACGAAAACCCAGGUGGCAUCUCCCUCGUGUACUCUGAUAGUCUCGAAGGGCCAUGGAAAGAGUACGAGAACAACCCCAUCAUCGCCAACAAGUGGGAUUCAUACUACUCCGUCCCUCACGUUUCAAGCCCAGAUGCAAGUUGGAAUUCUGACGCUGGGCGAAUGUUUCUUUACUUCCACGGCGAUAACACACAAACUCGCUGGGCAGAGUCAAGCAAUGGCGUUGACUUUCGAUAUGGAGGUGUAGCAGUCAACAACCAAAUGAGCGGCUCCAACACUACGGAAUCAAGCUACGCUCGUGUCUUUGCGCAUCCCAACUCAGCUUCCAAGUAUAACUACGCAAUGUUCUACAUGGCCAACGAAAAAGACAACAGGCGCAAAAUCCGACUCGCUGAGUCUGUCGACGGUCGGAAAUGGACUGUGGAUUCGGACUACGUUGUCCAACCUGGCGGACCUGAGGGGACAGAUGUUUCGGGUGCGAAUUACUGGACGUGGAAUGGCCAGGCGUAUGUUAUUUAUCAUGGUUCUACGGGCAAGAUCUACGCGAGGACUAUUGAUCAGACGUUACGAGAUGUUGGGGCUGAGCCGAUUUUGCUGUAUCAAUCUAGAGGGAAGGGAGAGGAUGUUGGAAGAGUUGCGGCGCCGGAUAUUGCGAGCUCUGGGGGAAAUACGUAUCUGUUUUAUGAGUCUGGGGAUAGGUUGGGUGCGACCAUUGCUUGGGCUAAAAUGCAGAAGCAAUAAGAUUAGUCUGGCGAUUAGCAAAGUUGAGGGCCUGCCAUUCGUAUAUUCCCAGCCUCACUGAUGUUAAUGAUAGUGUUUUAAUUCUGUAAUCAAUACUAUUUAUCUUUAACCACUCA